UCUCCGCCUUUGCUGCCGCCGCCGCGAAUGCAGUGAUGGAGCCCAAACGAGGCUGCUGUACCGCGGGCUUUCUCCUGGCUGUGUGGGUCCUCCCGGUUCUGUCCUGUCCUAGCCGUUGUCUUUGCUUUAAGAGCACCAUCCGCUGCAUGCACUUGAUGCUGGAUCACAUCCCUAAGGUGCCACAGCAGACCACGGUCCUGGAUUUGCGAUUUAACAGAAUACGAGAACUUCCAUCUGGCUCCUUUAAGAAACUCAAGAAUUUGAACACCCUGCUUCUGAACAACAACCAAAUCAUGAAGAUUUCCAGACAUGCUUUUGAAGGGCUUGAAAACUUGCUCUAUCUGUAUUUGUACAAGAAUGAAAUCCACACAAUAGAUGCCCAAGCGUUUAAAGGGCUUAUAUCCUUGGAACAGCUGUAUAUUCACUUCAACCAAAUAGAAACAUUUCAGCCAGAAACCUUUGGAGACCUUCAGAAAUUGGAGCGACUAUUUUUGCAUAACAAUAAAUUGUCUAAAAUCCCAGCUGGGAGCUUUUCUAAUUUGGAUUCACUGAAGAGACUGCGCCUGGAUUCUAAUGCUCUGGUAUGUGACUGUGAUCUAACAUGGCUGGGACAGCUUUUAAAAGGCUAUGCUCAGAAUGGCCACACUCAGGCUGCUGCAACCUGUGAAUAUCCCAGAAGCCUUCAAGGGAGAUCAGUUGCCUCCUUAACAGCUGAUGAAUUCAACUGUGAGAGACCUCGAAUUACCUUUGAGCCCCAAGACGUGGAUGUCACUUCAGGGAACACUGUCUACUUUACUUGCCGUGCAGAAGGAAACCCCAAGCCCAAGAUUAUUUGGCUACAUAACAACCAUUCAUUGGACAUGAAAGAUAAUGCUCGACUGAAUUUACUCGAUGAUGGAACGCUCAUGAUCCUGAAUACAAGAGAGUCAGACCAAGGUGUAUAUCAGUGUAUGGCCAAGAAUUCUGCUGGGGAAGUCAAGACACAGAAUGCCAUCCUCAGAUAUAACAGUCUUCCAACCAAGCCCAGUUUUGUAAUCCAACCUCAGGACACAGAGGUUCUCAUUGGAACCAGUGCAACUUUGGAAUGCAUGGCCACAGGCCAUCCCCAACCCCAUAUUGUUUGGACCAGGGGCAAAACAGAGGCUUUGGAUGAAUCCAGGUAUAUCAUAACUUCUGGAGGAUUGUUUAUUCAGAAUAUCACAAUGCAAGACCAUGGUCAGUUUACAUGUCAUGCCAAUAAUCAACAAGGAUCUGUUGAAUCAACGGCAGCUAUUAUUGUGCAAGCUCCUCCACAAUUUACAGUAAUUCCUAAAGAUGAAACAGUGCUAGAAGGACAUACUGUAGAAUUUCCUUGUGAAGCUGAUGGCAACCCAUCUCCAAUAAUUGCCUGGACCAAAGCAGGAGGCCAGCUCCCUCAGGAGGGCCAGCACAUCCUUCUAUCUUCAGGUACCCUUCGGAUUGCCCAUGUAGCAGAGCAUGAUCAAGGCCAGUACGAAUGUCAGGCUGUCAGUCCUUUGGGGGUGAAGAGAGUGAUUGUCCAGCUGAUUGUACUUCGCAAAGUGCUUCCUGUGUUUACUCAGCUACCUCAGGAUACAAGUGUAGAGGUUGGGAAGAAUAUAAACAUUUCAUGUAGUGCUCAAGGAGAACCUCAACCCAUAAUUACUUGGAAUAAGGCAGGUGUUCAGAUUACUGACAGUGGCAAAUUCCAUGUAAAUAAUGAAGGUACUCUUACUAUCAAGGAUGUUGGGCAAGCAGACCAGGGAAGAUAUGAAUGUGUGGCAAGGAAUCACUUUGGAUUUGCUGCUAUUAGCAUGCUUCUCACAACCAUUGCAAUACAGGGUAGACAAGCUGGUGAUAACUUUGUUGAAUCAUCUAUUCUUGAUGCCAUCCAGAGGGUUGACAGUGCAAUUAACUCCACAAGAAGAAAUCUAUUUUCACAAAGACCUCGAACUCCUAGUGACCUGCUGGCUCAGUUCCGUUAUCCACGGGACCCCUUCACCGUUGAGACUGCAAGAGCAGGGGAGAUUUUUGAGCAGACACUUCAGCUGAUCCAGGAGAAUGUGAAGCAAGGGCUCACUGUUGAUUUAGAGGACCAAGAAUUUCGUUACAAUGACUUGGUGUCGCCACACUACCUCAGCCUCAUUGCCAACCUCUCUGGAUGUACAGCCCACAGACGCUCUCCAAAUUGUUCUGAUAUUUGUUUCCAUCAAAAGUAUAGAACCCAUGAUGGCACAUGUAACAACUUACAGAACCCAAUGUGGGGUGCUUCUAUGACUGCUUUUGAACGUAUCCUAAAACCUGUAUAUGAAAAUGGCUUCAAUUUGCCUCGGGGCAUCAGCCCAAACUCGUUUUCCAAUAAGUAUCCACUACCACUACCCAGGAUUGUCUCUACAAAAAUGGUUGGGACAGCAACCAUUACCCCUGAUGAUCGAUACACUCACAUGUUGAUGCAAUGGGGCCAAUUUUUAGACCAUGACGUGGACCAAACGGUGCCUGCUUUAAGCAUGUCUCGUUUUUCUGAUGGUCAGUCAUGUAGCUCUGUGUGUACUAAUGAUCCUCCUUGUUUCCCGAUCCUUGUCCCUCAGAAUGAUGCUCGGGUAGCAAAUUCACAAUGUAUGUUUUUUGUCCGUUCCAGCCCUGUUUGUGGAAGUGGUAUGACUUCCUUGAUGAUGAGCUCAGUCUAUGCAAGAGAACAAAUUAACCAAUUAACAGCCUACAUUGAUGCUUCUAAUGUUUAUGGAAGUUCUGACCGGGAAUCAGAAGAGCUUAGGGAUCAUACAGGUCAGAGAGGUCUGCUUAAGAAAGGGCUACCUAUCCCCUCUUCUGAAAAGCACUUACUGCCAUUUUCCACAGGCCCACCAAUUGAAUGUACACGGGAUGAAAAUGAAAGUCUGAUCCCAUGCUUUGCUGGGGACCACAGAGCCAACGAACAGCUUGCUCUGACAGCCAUGCAUACUUUGUGGUUCCGAGAACACAAUCGGAUAGCCACAGAACUGUUUACACUGAACCCACACUGGGAUGGAGAUACAAUUUAUAAUGAAGCCAGGAAAAUUGUUGGUGCACAGAUGCAACAUAUCACAUACAGUCACUGGCUGCCCAAGAUUCUUGGGGAUCAUGGUAUGAAGAUGCUAGGUCACUAUAAGGGGUACAACCCCAAUGUGAAUUCAGGAAUUAUUAAUUCUUUUGCUACCGCAGCAUUCAGAUUUGGCCACACAUUGAUCAAUCCAAUUCUUUAUCGCUUGAAUGACACCUUUGGUGAAAUCCCUGAAGGCCAUCUUCCUCUCCACAAGGCCUUCUUCUCACCCUUCAGGAUAAUUCAGGAGGGUGGCAUCGAUCCACUCCUCCGUGGGCUCUUUGGUAUUGCUGGAAAAUUACGGGUGCCAUCUCAGCUUCUCAAUCUGGAACUAACAGAGAAGCUGUUUUCUAUGGCACAUUCUGUGGCUUUGGAUUUAGCUGCCACCAACAUCCAAAGGGGGCGUGACCAUGGAAUCCCACCAUAUACUGACUUCAGGGUUUUCUGUAACUUAACUUCUGUUGAGAACUUUGAGGAUCUCCAUAAUGAAAUUAAAGAUCCAAACAUUCGAGAGAAACUGAAAAAGCUGUAUGGUACUCCACUCAAUAUUGACCUUUGGCCUGCUUUAAUGGUAGAAGACCUCAUCCCUGGCACAAGAGUAGGACCAACCCUGAUGUGCCUUUUUGUUACGCAGUUUCAACGACUAAGAGAUGGAGACAGGUUCUGGUAUGAAAACCCUGGAGUAUUCACACCAGCACAGGUCACUCAGCUGAAACAGGCUUCACUGGCACAUGUACUCUGUGAAAAUGGUGACAAUAUUCAGCAGGUCCAGGCCGAUGUCUUCUUAAAGGAAUACCCUCAGGGAUACAUGAACUGCAAGGAGAUACCUAAGAUUGAUUUGAGAGUGUGGCAAGAUUGCUGUGAAGACUGUGGAACAAGAGGACAGUUCAGAGCAUUCACACAAGAACUUAGAAGAAAACGCUCUCUUCAAUAUAGCUAUCCAGAAGAGAAAAAAGAAGACUCAGCUGAUGUGAAUAACAGGCAUAAUGAAAAAUUAUCGAUGGAUAGAAAUACAGGAAAUAUGACACAUUUGUCCAGUUCCAGUUUUCCUCAGGAUUUCAGCCAUUUUGCUGCAGAAGUUCAAGAAACCAUCAUAGCUCUCAGGAAACAGAUAAACAAGCUGGAGGCUCGCCUGAGGCAGGAGGGAUGCAUGGAUGAUAAUAGAAUUCAUCGGAGGGACAAUGAACACUGGAUGAAAGAAGACUGCAUUAGCUGUAUCUGUAAGAGUGGUCAGGUGACAUGUACCGUGGAGACCUGUCAACCUACAGAGUGCCUCAACCCACAAAUGGUGAAAGGAGUGUGCUGUUCCCUCUGCAUGGACAAUGAAAAACUAGAUGAUUUCCCAGAGAAACUUUAACAAACAUCUCCUUUUACUGGAGCUCAUAAUAGGAAGUUAAAACUUGCCAUUCAGUUCUGAGCAAUGGGAUAACAACUUAUGCUCACAUUUUGAUAUGAAAAUGCAUGCUGAUUUGAAAAUUCAGACUAGUUUAAGCCUUAAAAUACACUGAACAUAUUCUACCAUUUUCUCUAACCUUGCCUGAAAAUAUGCAAAAGUAAAUUAUGUCAUAAAAACUGUACUUAAAAACCUUCAUUAUACUGUCAAAUAUUCCCUAAGCUGUGAUGACAAGUUACUGUUCUCAGAAGCUUAAAUGGAUUAUCUUAUACUCUUUUUACUAAUCAUUUUUAAAGUCAGAAGAAUUCUGUUUUCUUAAACUUCAGUAAUGAGUAAAGAUCUCUGAUUUUGCUGUCUCAGUGAGACUGAAAGCCUAAUCAGAUGAGUUUCCUACUUA